UGAGCACAGGAGUGACCAAAGGUAAAAUUCAGCCUUACUGCGCCUUGCUAGUUGUUCAUUAUGACUUUGUAUACCAAGAUACUCGCGAUUUCCUAAUUGAGCACAAACACUAGGCUAGGCAUAACGGUCAAGUAUCAUUAUAAAAUAGUCGACGCCAAACGAAAUGGCCACACCGUGUCACACCCAUAAUAAAUCACUACAACACAAGACCACGAACUUCCAAAUCUUCAAACUAACAUGCCAGAGAACACUCUAGAGAGCAUAUACAUUUAUAGGCCGAAUGCUGUGGCUCCAGUCGUAUUUGCAGUCGCGUUCUUAAUUGCCGGCCUUGUACACUUCUGGCAAUGCUCUCGUUAUAAGUCAUGGAAAUGGACAAUGUUGCAUCCCCUCUGCUGCAUCAUGUUUGCUGUAGGCUUCGCGCUACGUGAGUAUGGAGCUUUCCAUUAUGAGUUUACCAAGACGAAUCUGAACGUAUAUAUCGCAAGCAUCUGCUUGAUAUACAUGUCGCCACCUCUGCUCGAGCUAGUGAACUACCAUGUUCUUGGACGCAUUCUAUACUACAUUCCCCACCUAUCACCCAUCCACCCCGGCCGUGUGCUCACCACGUUCGGGUUGUUAUCAAGCUUUGUGGAGGCUUUGAACGCAAUUGGAGUGUCAUACAGCGCAAACUCCGCAUUGCCGGAGCGAUACAUAAAUCUCGGCCACGCCUUAAUGGAGGCAUCGUUAAUCGUUCAACUUGUCGUCAUUGCGUUGUUUGCGCUCCUCGCCAGCGUGUUCUUCCAUCGCUGCCAUAAAAAUGGUGUGCUUGUUCAGAAAGUGUACACUCCUUUGAAUGUUCUCUCCAUCAGCAUGGGCUUGAUCCUGGCACGAACAAUUUACCGGACAAUCGAAUACUUUGUUAUAGCGAAUGUCAUUGUUAAUUAUGAAUCUGGUCCCGAAAACAUCAGCCCCCUGCUGAACUACGAAUGGUACUUCUGGGUUUUCGAAUCGACGUUGAUGCUAAUCAACUCGGUGAUGUGGAACGUAUGGCACCCUGGGCGGUACCUGCCUAAGAAUAAAAGAUUACAUCUCAUGAAAGAUGGAGUUACAGAGAUUGAAGGGAUUGAGGACAAGGAUGAGCGGUCGUUCUUGGUCACAUUGAUUGAUCCGUUCGGACUUUGUACAGCUCAGCGACGGAAGAUAGAAGACGGUAGUGUUUGAUUGCAGGUGUGAAUUUGUGAAUCAGGGUGUCUGAGGUUCUAUUAUUAUCAACGGACAUACGGAUAUUCAUGGAAGGUCGGAGAAAAUUUCGUACUGAAACAUAAGACGACUCAUUAUCUUUAGGGGAACAUCCUUUAUAAUAAUCUUACGUCAUUGUCAGCA